AUGUGGCCAGAACAAAAUCAAACCCCGCCGGAGCUGGUGCACGUGCACCACCAGCCCCGAACUCUAGACGACACAAUCGAGCAAUACUUGGGUGGUUUCGGGUGGAGACAAUUUCUCCAAACCAUCUUAGUCUCGAUUGCGUGGUUUUUCGACGCGCAACAAACUUUUAUCGCCGUUUUUACCGAUAAGGAGCCUAAAUGGAGCUGCAAUAACAAUAAUAGUAGCUUCCCAUGCGAAAAAAUUACUAAUGUUGAAUUGUUGUGCAAGCUUCCUAGAAACUCAUCGUCAUCGCUGUCCUGGGAUUCUCCAGUGCACGUGUCCACCGUAUCCGAGUGGUCCCUCCAAUGCGCUAGCCCCUUCAUAAGAGGCUUGCCCUCGUCUUCUUUUCUGUUGGGAUGCCUUGUUGGCGGGCUCGUGCUCGCCACUUUGGCGGACUCGAACAUGGGCCGCAAAAACACAUUGAUCCUCUCUUCCUUGAUCAUGUCCGUAUCCGGGGGCCUCACUGCAAUUUCCACAAACGUUUGGAUGUACGCCGGAUUUCGAUUCUUGAGCGGGUUCGGACGGUCCACGAUAGGGACAAGCGCGUUUGUCCUCGCGAGCGAGUUCGUGGGGAAGAAGUGGAGGGGCAAAAUCGGGAUAAUGGGUUUUUCGUGUUUCACGUUAGGCUUCAUGUCUCUCCCCCUUAUAGCUUUUCUAUUGAAGGGGUCCUCUUGGAGGUUGAUUUAUUUCUACACGACUUGUCCGUGCAUUUUUUACUCUUUCCUAGUGUGUGUUUUCGCGUGCGAAUCUCCGAGAUGGCUUUUCGUCAUGGGGAGAAGAGAAGAAUUUACCAAAACUAUUACACACCUGACGAAAUGCAGCAGCAGCAUUUCGCCAAGUGUGGAGUGGAGUACGGGAAAAGUAACGGAAGAAUACAACAGUAGUAGUAGUAAUACAUUUUCUUCUGCGUUGAAGAUGUUAGUUAGUAAAAAUUGGGCCCUAAAGCGUUUACUAGUUUUGAUGAUUGUGGGGUUUGGUAACGGCAUGGCCUACUACGGAAGCCCAUUGGGCCUCGAUGGCUUGCCAUUCAACCUCUACAUGAGUGUCACAUUAAAUGCAUUGGUCGAGUUGUUGGCCGCGUGGAUCAUGGUUUUCGUGAUAGGGAAGUUGAAGAGGAAAAAUUGGUUGGUCGGGUUAUCUUUAUUUAGUGGGGCAUGUGGAUUUGUGGGGAUUUUGGCGCGGUUGAACGGGAUUCAGAUAGGGAACUCGGCAGUGUCGGUGGUGAGGGUGGCGGGAUUGCUCGGUGGGUUUUUGGGCCCGAUGCUUGUGGCGGUUGGAAGAAGGGUAAAUGGGCUCUUGUGUUAUGCCGUGUUUGGGUUGACCUUAUCGUUGACCGUAUUGUUUGUCGUGUUGUUGCCUGAAACUGAAGGGAGGACAUUGUGUGAUACAAUGGAGGAACAAGAGGAGGAUGAGUACGAACGAUGA